GUGACAACAUACUGACAUCGCAUUAAUUGUACAGCGAGACAUUGUGGCGACGCAGGGAUGCAUUGGAUUUUACUAUUUCUAUGGAUUCGACCAUGAAAUGUGACUCCCCACCCGUGAUUGGGCAUCCAUCCUAGUUGUAAGCGAACUUCUAAUUGGCUGCAGCGUGACUUCUGCUGCCUGCCCUGCUCGUUGUUGUGUUAGAGUAGCCGUGUUCACAGAACGCGUGCUAGCUCAGAAGAAGCUCACCGUCUCCCGGUACUUCAACAUCGCCAACAAUUCAUGUGACAAUGCGCCAAACAUAAAGUUAAAGUAACGUUUGUUUCAAACAUUGCUGAAUAAACGCCUCACUUUAUGUGCGAGCCGGGGUCUACGAAGUGUUCUCAUAAAUGGAGCUUGAGGACCAAUGGUGGAAAGGACAUCUCGCUGCCGAUAUCUACCAUGCUCUACGAUACAAAGAGCUCAAAUUACCCUCCUUCAAAGGACAGUCUCCCCAGCUGAAUUUAAGACGAUACUUCGCAGACCUCAUAGCGGUCGUCUGUAAUCGCUUCAGGCUAUGUCCAGCCGCCAGACAUCUUGCGGUUUACCUGUUGGAUCUUUUUAUGGACCGCUAUGAUAUCACUGUGCAGCAGCUUCACAUGGUCUCCUUGUCAUGCCUUCUUCUGGCCAGUAAGUUUGAGGAGAGGGAAGACCGGGUGCCCAAGUUGGAGAUGCUGAACAGCCUGGGAUGCAUGAGCUCCAUGAACCUGGUGCUCACCAAGCAGGGCCUGCUUCACAUGGAGCUGCUGCUGCUGGAGACCUUCCAGUGGAACCUGUAUCUGCCGACCGCGGCCCACUUCAUCGAGUUCUACCUGUCCAUCGCUGUGCACGAAGCAGACCUCCAUAAUGGUUGGCCUAUCGGCUGCCUGGACAAAACAAAGCUGUUCUUGGCCAAAUAUGCUGACUACUUCCUGGAGGUCUCCUUACAAGACCAUGUGUUUCUGUGCUUCGUCCCGUCACUGGUGGCUGCCGCAUGUCUGGCCUCCUCCCGCCUUAUCCUCCACCUGUCUCCCACAUGGCCCCCCCGCCUUCAGCGUCUCACAGCCUAUACCUGGGACGACCUGGUGUCCUGCACCGAGAAACUCAUGGUUGCACAUGACGGCGAUGUCAAAGAGGCCAACAAGCAGAAGGGUUCUCCUCCAAGCCACCAGCAGCACCAGCAGCAGCAGCAGCACCACCAGCAGCAGCAGCACCAGCAGCAGCUAGCUCCAACCCCCAACUACCACACUUCAGGGCAGGCCAACCCCGUGGCUCAGUACCUCCAUCGGCCCGUGAUGCCCUACCCCCAGCAGACCCUCCCACCGGCCGUAGCCCCCAGCCACCGGUACCUCAACCAGCCCAUUGGCCUGCCGGCUCCCAUCGCCCCCCAGCACAGCCACAUCGCCAACGCUGCCACCCACCUGGAGUCAAAGGCGAGCAUGUCAAAUCGAGCCUACCAGGUCAGCGUGAAAUACCCCUGUGUUGCUCCCUGCUUUGAUAGGUGAUCAAAGCGCGCGCGUGUGUGUGUGUGUGCGUGUGCGUGUGCGUGUGUGUGUGUGUGUGUGUGUCUGAUCUGCGCCUUCUUAAGUUAUCAUGUUGAACGAGGAGGCAUGGUUUUUAUUUUCCUUGUUGGUAUGUAUACAGCACUUUGAUCCUUAAGUAGUUCACAAUGUGCAAUAUACCUACUUGCUGUAUACAAUUUCCAAUAGCUUGCAGUGUUUUUGUGUUUUCUUUUGUUGAAGAGAUUGAGUUGUUACUGAGUAUUAACAAGCAGGAUAUGUGUGGGUUUAGUGCCACUACGGCUUCCUAUUUUGCCACACAAUUUUGUGCUAGAGACCAAAGGCAGUCCUGUAGCUGUAUUUAUUUAAGCCAAAGUACCGCAGACGUGUUGAAUGUAAGCUGUAUCGUUUCACUUUUUUGUUUUUCUUUGCUACUAUGGGAAACUGGGUAGAAACCGAAGGGAGGAACUUAUUUCAGGCUGUGUUCAGCUGUUGACACAGCAUUUUUGUUCUUGAGCAAUGUUACCUUGAUGAACCUGUUCCAGAAAUUGUAGAACGUAUUCUGGAACUUUAAAGAACAUAUGUUAGAAGCCUCUUGGAGAUCACUCUUCUUUUUUUUUCCUCUGGGAGGAGGAUGGGGGGGUAAUUGGGAAAAAACAAGUAAUUUCUGUACAGAAAAUAUGAAAAUAUUUGGCUGUCCACUUCUAUCUUGCAACUUUUAAUAAAAACGGACAUUUGA